CAAGAAAAUUAUUUUCUUCAUAUUUUUUCUCUCCUGCUUAUUUCCUCACAUGGUAUCAGAGCUUUCUAAACUCUUUAUUGUCUGUCGUUCUUCUUGAGCUAGGUAUACCACUUCUGAUUUAUCUAGUCAAUAUCAAUUGUGGGAAAAGUUACACAAUUUUAAACAAGAACGUGGAGAGUCCAUUACUAGUUUUUAUGCUAAGAUGAAGGCUAUUUGGGAUCAACUUGCUCUCUCAAAACCAACCUUCAAUGACACUGCUGAUAUUGGGAAGUACAUUGAGUAUCGUGAUAAAAUGAGGUUAAUUCAAUUUCUUAUGGCACUUACUAAUGAUUUUGAACCAUGUAGAGCCUCUUUAUUACAUCAGUCUCCUUUACCUACCUUGGAUAGUGCUCUCUCACGAUUAUUAUCUAAUGAAACUCGUCUGGGCUUACUGAAGCCUCAACGAGAUACUACUGUGGAUGCAGCUAUCAAUAAGUUUCCUUCGAGUAAGAGAGGACAGAAGUAUUGUCGGCACUGUAACAAGUACGAACAUGCUCUAUAUGAAUGCAGUUUGAUAGAAUGUCAUAAAUGCAAGCAGAAAGACCAUAUUGCGCCUAAUUGUACUUCACUACCUCAGAGAUCUGAUCAGUGGAAGACCCAAUCAAAGCCUAAUCAGUCUUCCAAGCCUGUGGUUGUUGCAACUACUGCCAAUGAGGAUACCUCAGUCCAUCUUUCGAAUGGUAAUCUAGAAACCCUUCUUAGACAGAUGAUAUCAUCUUCCUCUACAUCUACUGCCUUGCCUACCAUCCCAGAAGAUGUCUCUUCUGCGGAUAUUGCACCUAGAACAAAUGAGAUUGAAAAUCCACCAGUUACUUCCUCUUCUAGUCAUCCUACAUGGUCCUACAAGGAAGCUUUUUUAGAUCCUUUAUGGCAGCAAGCUAUGAAAGAGGAAUUACAGGCUUUGGAAAAGACAAGUACUUGGGACUUGGUUGAUCUUCCUCCUGAUAAGACUCUUGUUGGAUGCAAGUGGGUAUACAAGAUCAAAACUCAUUCUAAUGGAUCUGUGGAGCACUAUAAGGCAUGUCUGAUGGCAAAGGGUUUUACGCAAGAAUAUGGCAUUGACUAUGAGGAGACCUUUGCUCCUGUUGCUCGUCUUACCACAGUACGUAGUUUACUAGCUAUUGCUGCUGUACGUAAAUGGAAGCUGUUUCAGAUGGAUGUAAAGAAUUCCUUUCUUAAUGGUGAUUUGGAAAAUGAGGUUUAUAUGAAACCGCCUCCUGGACUUACUCCUGCUUCGAAUAAAGUAUGUCGAUUACGACGAGCCUUGCAUGGUUUAAAGCAGUCUCCUCGAGCUUGGUUUGCAAAAUUCAGUUCUACUGUAAGUGAGUUUGGUUUCAACUCUAGUCCACAUGAUACAACUUUAUUUGUUCGUAAAUCUGCUCAGGGAAUGGUUCUCUUACUCAUAUAUGUUGAUGAUAUGAUUAUCACUGAAGAUGAUGUUUCAGGGAUUGAUGAGCUUAAGCAGUUUCUCAGCCACAGAUUUGAGAUGAAAGACCUUGUCUCUUUGAGUUAUUUUUUGGGACUUGAAGUUACAUCCUCAGAUGCCGGUUAUCUUCUCUCUCAAAUGAAAUAUGCAUCAGAUCUCAUAUCUAAAGCCAAUCUCACUGAUAGUAAGAAUGUCUCCACACCUCUUGAACCGAAUGUCAAGCUCACACCAUUAGAUGGUUCCCCACUCCUUGACCCUUCUCGUUAUCAGCAGUUGGUUGGUAGUUUGGUUUAUCUUACUAUGACACGCCCAGACAUAGCAUAUGCAGUUCAUGUUGUUAGUCAGUUUAUGGCUGCCCUCCACUCCACUCAUUAUGCUACUGUACUUCGUAUUAUUCGCCAUGUUAAGGGAACACUAUUUCAUGGACUUCACUUCUCAGCUCAUUCUUCCCUUGUCGUUCGUGCAUAUUCAGAUGCUGAUUGGGCUGGUGAUCUUAUAGAUCGAAGAUCCACUAUUGGCUAUUGUCUCUUUCUUGGUAACUCUCUUAUUUCAUGGCGUAGUAAAAAACAAGCUAUUCCAUCUCGCUCUAGUACUGAGGCUGAAUAUAGAGCUUUGGGUGACACUACUUCAGAACUUUUUUCCCUACGAUGGCUCUUGGAGGAUAUGGGUGUUUCCCAACCAUCUUUUACUGAUCUUUAUUGUGACAAUCAAAGUGCCUUACAGAUUGCUCACAAUGAUGUUUUUCAUGAACGCACAAAACAUAUUGAGGUUGAUUGUCAUUUUAUUCGACAUCAUGUUGCCAAAGGUACUGUCCACCUUGUCUUUAUUGGCUCCACUAAUCAACCUGCAGAUCUCUUCACUAUGGCUCAUUUUCCUGGACGCUUCCGCACUCUUCUUUCCAAACUCAAGCUGGUCUCCUUUUCACCACCUUGAGUUUGAGGGGGGAUGUCACAUAAUAUUCUCCCUUGAUUAUGUCCACAUUGCUAUGAUUAUAUUCAUAUUAUAAUUGAUUGACAUAAUUAGAUUAAUUGAUUUUGUACCAUAGAAUAUUCUCUUGUACAGGCCUAUAAAUAGGCACUUUGUAU